UAUAAAAUUGGAUCAAAGAAACCCAAGCGAAAUCUGCUCCUCACACUUACAACCGAAAUUUGUCGUAAUUAUCAAUUCUGGUCACGGCGCAGACCCGACGCAAAACACACAACCAACUAAGCAUUGAGUUUCGGCGCUCUAACGCUCUACAGCUCCCACUAUCACUAAAUACCUUUAGGCGUAUUUUCGCAUUACUUUGUAGCCAAAUGCAAACAAAGCACCAUCAAAUACGAGGAAUACACGAGUAAACGAAAUAUGCUGCACAAUCAGAGCGUCGCGCCCACAUUGAGUCCGACGGCGCCCGUUAUGGUCGCGCUGACGACAUCGUUCGUUGUACGCCCCACCAUGGCAGUGCUGCCGGGAGUCUGCCCGCCCAAUUGGAGCAGCAACAACACCUAUGACUGUAUUAACGCGACCAUGGACAAUGGUGUGGGCACGGGAGGCACUAGCGCAAGUUUCACCGGAUUCCCUGGACAAGAUGGCGCAGCGGUGGGUUAUGAUGGAAAUUACUCUUUGCCACGGGAUGGUCUGUUCGAAUUCGAAAUGGACCCAUUGGAGCACGUUGUGUCAACCAUUGUGCCCGUAUUUUUUGGCAUCAUCGGCCUCGCGGGCCUUUUGGGAAAUGCGCUCGUCAUUUUAGUGGUCGUCGCCAACCAGCAGAUGCGCUCCACCACCAACCUGCUUAUUAUCAAUCUAGCCAUUUCCGAUAUACUCUUCGUGAUUUUUUGUGUGCCCUUCACCGCAACCGAUUAUGUGUUGCCCGAAUGGCCAUUCGGCAACUUGUGGUGCAAAUUUGUGCAAUACAUGAUUGUCGUCACCUGUCAUGGCAGUGUCUACACACUGGUGCUGAUGUCUCUCGAUCGUUUUUUGGCUGUCGUACAUCCGGUCACGAGUAUGUCCCUACGCACCGAACGCAAUGCGAUGCUUGCCAUCAUUUGUGCUUGGGUGGCCAUUGUGACAUCGGCCAUACCCGUGGCGUUAUCGCACUCCGUUCAACUAUACUAUUUCAAAGGACGCAAUUACACAGCGUGUGUCUUUUCAUCGCAUGAGGGAAUCUGGAAUCUCGUUGCUUUUCAGGUCUCUUUUGCUGCUUCAUCAUACGUUACACCACUAACGCUGAUCUUCUUCUUGUACAUGUGCAUGCUGGCACGCCUAUGGAAGAGCGCGCCCGGCUGUAAGCCAUCGGCAGAAUCAAGAUGAACAAUUAUUUCGGAGUUGCUGGCCUUUCAGAAGCAAAAAAGUGCAAGAGGAAUAACCCAGUCAAGUGACCCGAAUAAAUACACACGAAAUGGCAAAUAAACUGUGAAAGAUUGAGAAAAAGAAUGAAAAGAUAAAGCACAGAAACAAUUUCAGCUAGAAAAAGGCUCGGCGCACAUUUAAAACGAAUGUCAAUAAUCGGUUGUAGAAGCAAAAGGGAAGCAAAAAGUAAAUUCAAAUACUCAUGCGGCUCCAUACAAUAUGUAACACCAAAGCCAAACUUCUAUAGGAAGUAAAAAGGCCCAAUCAGAUGUCACAGAUUUAUUUCGACAGCCGUAGUAUCGCUUAUACCAGCCCUGAAUAAUGCUGAUCUAUUUAGCGCAAUGGCAGAAUAUCAUAUUGCAAGAUCAACCCUCAACCACGUGAAUCGUUGAAAUCAUUGAUUCUUUUAGCCAACUGAGGUGUGAAAUGUGUAAGAUGGCUGCACUUCUGCUUUGCGAGAUCAAUAUGAUAGACUGGAUUCCUGAUACUGAUACGGUCGAUAAAAUUUGCCAAAUUAAUUCAACUAAAUUCGAUACUUUACUAUUUUGGAUAACGAAUUGUGGUCUUAAGCAAAUAUUCGAAAUUAUAUUUACGUUUUACAUCUAAAAUAAUUUUGGACAAACCCAUAGAAGAUAAACAAUCUGUCUGAUAUGAAUUGAACAUUAAAGCAAAUCAAAAUUGGAACAACUAAAAAGCAGAUGUAUGUAGAUACAAUUAUAUUCAAUCGGUAUGUCCACAAAUAUAUUUACAAAAGGGUAGAACUGCACACCGGAAAAUCUAAUUAGAAAGGUAUUAAAGCUUACUUAUAAAUAGACAGCUGCAUAAGGAUGUGUUUCGCAUGUGCGUCAAUAGAAUUAAUUACUUCGUUGUUAGUGGCAUGAACAAUACACUUGAAGGCAUAACUUGACUGUCUAAGUCUAAGCUAACAAAACAUACUGCAUCAUAUUCUUGAAGAGUAUAUGUAUGUAUACAGCAAACAACAAAUGAAUCACAAGGCCUUACAACCAGAUUGCAGUGAAAUUGAUUGUGAUAUUUAUGUGCCAGAUCAAACUUGUGAAGCUUGUUUGACUAAAAAUUUAUACUUAAUAAAAUAAAAUUGAAAACUCAA